CAAAUCCCAGGAUAGUAGACCCCACUCUGAAGACUGGAGAGGAUCCAGAUCCCAGGCCAUUGUCUGACAGAAGCAGCACCAGGACAUCAAGAUAAAAGAGAGGAGAGAGAUGGCAUCUAGCAAGGAGCAGUGAGAACUGUCAGAGACUUCAGAUAAGAGAGAUACAGAGGAACAGAGGAAGCAUGUGACCCCUCUGUAUUACUCUCACUCUCUGUCUCUCUUUCCUCGUCUUCAACAAGAAGCCACGACCACACCGUACAGCACAAGAACACACUCACCUUUCGGCUUAUUUCCCUUCUACCUUUCGGCUUGGCCAUGGCGUCCAGCGCCUCCCGGUUCAUCAAGUGCGUCACGGUGGGGGACGGCGCCGUGGGGAAGACCUGCAUGCUCAUCUGCUACACCAGCAACAAGUUCCCCACUGAUUACAUACCCACCGUGUUCGAUAAUUUCAGCGCAAACGUGGUGGUCGACGGCACCACAGUGAAUUUGGGCCUUUGGGACACUGCAGGGCAGGAAGAUUACAACAGAUUGCGGCCACUGAGCUAUCGCGGAGCCGAUGUGUUCGUGCUCGCCUUCUCGCUCGUCAGCCGAGCUAGCUACGAGAACGUUAUGAAGAAGUGGCUACCGGAGCUUCAGCAUUACGCUCCCGGUGUGCCCAUAGUGUUGGCUGGGACCAAACUGGAUCUUCGUGAAGACAAGCACUACUUACUUGACCAUCCUGGCAUGGUACCUGUUACUACACCACAGGGGGAGGAACUUCGCAAGCACAUCGGCGCAACAUGUUACAUUGAGUGCAGCUCAAAAACUCAACAGAAUGUCAAAGCUGUCUUUGACGCUGCCAUUAAGGUGGUAAUCAAGCCUCAAACAAAGCAGAGGGAAAGGAAGAAAAGGAAAGCACGGCGAGGAUGUUCAAUAUUUUGCAGCCGUAUCAUGCACAUAAGGAGACUAGGGUGCUUCAAGUGAUCAGGCCUUCUUUGAUAAUCACAUAGGCCUGUACGUGAGACGAACUGAUAUCACGCAUAGUUUGUCUCCAAAUUACAAAGUGCUUGGUUCGCUUGCGUACUUGCGCUUGUAAUGUGUAUAUUUACAUCCUUAGCAGUUGGCUUCUAGGAUGUAUAUUACUGAAGUAUUUUGUUCAUGUACCGUUAGCUCAUAAUGAGCUAGGAAGUUCAAUACAUCCUGAGAAGUACUGAUGUUUCCUUUCA